AAGCCUUGAUUACUUCUUGUUUGACUCUAAUAAGCAGAGCCAGUUGGAUUGGACUACACGGUAUAAGAUCAUAGGAGGAAUUGCUAGAGGAAUUCUGUAUCUCCAUCAAGAUUCACGACUCACAAUCAUACAUCGUGACCUCAAAGCAGGUAACAUCCUCUUGGAUGCUGAUAUGAACCCGAAAGUUGCAGAUUUUGGAAUGGCGAGGAUUUUCGAAUUGGACCAAACAGAAGACAACACGAGACGAAUAGUUGGAACUUAUGGUUACAUGUCUCCCGAGUAUGCCAUGUAUGGCCAAUUCUCAAUGAAAUCUGAUGUCUAUAGCUUCGGAGUAUUAGUUCUUGAGAUUAUAAGCGGAAGGAAUAACAGCAGCCUCUAUCAGAUGGAUGCUAGUUUUGGAAACUUGGUUACAUAUACUUGGAAGCUAUGGAGUAACGGUUCGCCACUAGAGCUAGUGGAUUCGUCCUUUCGAGAGAAUUACCAAAGAAUCAAAAUAAUUAGAUGCAUCCAUAUUGCAUUAUUAUGUGUCCAAGAAGAUACUGAAAAUCGUCCAACCAUGUCAGCGAUAGUCCAAAUGCUUACUACUAGCUCAAUCGCCCUCGAUGUACCUCAACCACCAGGAUUUUUCUCCCGGAGUAAUCAUGAGCAAGCAGGUCCAUCGAUGGAUAAGUCUUCUCUUUGUUCCAUUGAUGUUGCGUCGCUUACUACUUUAGUUCCUCGUUAGAGAAAAACUAAAACCAAAAUUAA